GCAAUGAGUCCAAGUUCCCGUACGAAACCUGGUCCAAGAGCUACGAGGAUGUCCAGUCCAAAGUCCAAACUAUUCGUGGGCAACGAGACAACUUCGGCCUGCCUCACCUCAUGAUCGAGAAGACGAAGACCUAACAACCACUGUUCUUCGUGGGUUAAUGUCGCCUGUUGACGGAACUCAGCCCCAAGCUCCCUUUUGUACCACAGGAUAAGCAUUUUCUCUUCUUGAAGACAGAACAAAAACUGUUUGAUCAUUUGUUUAUAUUGAAAAUUUUGUUCUUUUCUUCGAUUAUGCAAAUACCCAGAUGGCGAAGCGUUUUUAUACUGAAAAGCAGCUUGAUUCCAACUUUGUCAUCAUCGACAACAUCAAUAACAAAGACCCAUUGUGCUUCAAUUCAUUCUACACCUACUACAUGCGAAAAAUGGAAGAACAAAUGGAACGCUGAUGUAAGCAGAUUCCAACAACCAUCGAAGAAUUACGUAAGGUAUGCAGUACGUCAAAAACGUGCCGAUGCAAAGAGAGCUCUAAAAGACCUUCUCUUCAACAAUGGUUCCUCUAAACCUUCAUUCAAGGAUGAAGAGUCAUUAUGGGCUUGUGAUCCAGAGCAUUCACAUGGCACUGGUAAGAAAAGGCAAGUAAAGUCUUCUGCUCGACAUCGAGGGAAAUCUCAUGCCAAGAAAAUGAAACGUAAGUUUAGGAGAGAGAGUUUCUCUGAGGACUCUGAUGGUCGUGAGACAUUUUUUCAAGCUACAUUUGGAAAAAGAUGGUAUACUUGGUAUUUUAAUGAGUCUUCUUACCGAUGUUCAACAUUUGGAUUUGACUGGAGAGAGCAUCCAUACUGGACAAAUCAUAGAGAUAAAGACUGGGAUGCUAGAAGUGAAACUGAGUCUGUUAAUGAGUAUUGUUCUGUCGGAUCUUUUCAUGAUAGAACAAUCCUCGGUUUGCCUCCAGGUGGUCCUUUAAGGAUUGAAGAUGUUAAAGAUGCUUUCCGCAUGUCAGCAUUAAAAUGGCAUCCUGAUAAGCAUCAAGGCCCUUCACAGGCAAUGGCUGAAGAAAAAUUCAAACUCUGCGUUAAUGCAUACAAAUCACUAUGUGAUGCUCUGUCCUCAGUCUAAUCACUAGGUUGCAUUUUGCAAUCAAAAUCAAUACUGCAUCCCAAGGGGUUUCCCCAUUUCAUUCAGGCACAAUAUUUCUGGAGAUUGGAGAAGAAGUGAACUGUAAUCAAAUCCAAUUGCUUCCCAGUAAUGUGGAAGCUCUAGAUUUCCAACCCCUCCAGAAUGGAAAUGUGGCCCAGCCUGCCAAUCAUUACUUAUUUCAACCUGUUAUACAGGAUUAAAUAUCUUUUAUUUCUGUGAUUUAACAAUUUUAUUUACUACAGUUAUGAUAAUAAUAUUUCUUUUGAUUAA